UUAUCCCUUAACGUCAACGAGUAGCCGUUGCCAUGGCAACCAAGUAAAUCAAAACAAACCAAACGUCAAAUUGAUUUUGUACCCAAAAUCAUGUCUUAUAGAGAUAUAAGAAAUUUUACCGAAAUGCUUCGCGCGCUCGGUUACCCAACUUUAAUCUCAAUGGAAAACUUUCGCCAACCAAAUUUCCCUUUGGUAGCGGACUUAUUAAUUUGGUUCGCCAAAAGAUUUGAUCCGGACGUUGAUUUGCCGAGUUCUUAUGACACGGAAGACGAAAGAGUGAAUCUAAUUAGAAAUGCGGCGCAAUUUAUGGCCAUUAAAGCCAACAUUAAAUUUAACACGAAACGUUUGUACCAAGCAGACGGUUUCGCCGUUAAAGAACUCUUAAAAGUUGCAACUUUAUUAUAUGACGCUUUAAAAGUGAACGAUUUGGACCAUUUGGAUGAUUACGACGAUGUUAAUUUGAAGGAAUUCGAUAUUAGCGACAAAUUACACGAUUUAAAGCAAUCCCGACAACUUGCCAGCGAAAUAACGAGCACUGGAGCAACCCUUUUUGACUUAUUAACCAAGGAAGUUGAGUUAAAAGUAGCUAGAAAUGUAAGCUCAUCGAAGCAGUACGAAGUUAGCGAGGUUGAAAGUGGAAUUAAAAAAGCUAUUGAUGGAAUUAAGGAGGAAAUCUUAGAAACGAAACAAUUAAUCGAUAACGUAUCAGCAACGGAAGCGAGUUUAGACGCAAAAAUUGAAAGGAGAAAAAUCGAAAUUGAUCGCUACGAAAAAAGAUUGCAAACUUUAAAGAAAGUGAAACCAGCUUUUUUGGAGGAAUUUAACACUUUAGAAGCUGAGCUUGAGAAAUUAUUUAUUCAAUACUCGGUGCGAUUGCGCUGUUUAAAUCAAUUGGAAAAAGCUGCUGCGGAAGCUGAGAAAGCUCAUAUUGAAAAACAACGAGUUAUAACAAAAAUCCCCGAAAAUGUAGCAAUUUUAGACGAGGAAGGUGAAGAGGAUGAGCAAAAAGUUGAAAUUGAUGACGAAAAUGAUUCUCAAAUUCAAAGACAAGAACGUCCAAGAGCUAGAACGGGGAGAUUACGCUCUGAAAGACCAACAACUAAUAUUUUUGGGGGGAAAAAGCCCGAAAACGACUCUUUAAGUGGCUCAUCUUUAGAUCUAAGCGAUUCCGAAACCGACAUAUUUUUAGAUAAGGAUGAAAGCGAAUUACAACAUUCAGACGACGAAGAUUCAUUCGGUUUCGAGAUAUCAAACGUGAAUAGAAAAAAAAAUUUUGAGGAUGAAAAAUCUGGCCGAAAAACCGUUAAUAAAAUCCAAGAUAACAGCGAUGAUGAUUUUUAAAUUAUUUAAAUUUGUACGCUAACUUUAGAUAGUUGUAAAAAUUGUCCUUUAGCAACUUGAAACGUUGAAUUCGUUCGUAAUUUAAU